CAAACUUGGGGCUUGCCAUAAUCACUGCGUGCUCAUCCUUUGCGCUUAAUCCCUCAGUUUCUUUCAGAUCGGUUUCAUUAUUUACACUAUUUAUUAGGGGCAUCAACAUAGCCUAUGACAGGGGCAGGCGCGCAACAUGAUUCUCGGGUACAGAAAUUCACAGGUCUGUUCAAGGGUUGUUUGGUGAGAGCUCAACGCGAUGCCGGGAGGCCACCGCUGCCAAAACUCGCCUCCAACUUCGUCCGCAAAGCAGUUAGGCUACCCACGCAAGCGACAAUACACAGUGGCCAUCGCUUUCGUACUUGUCUCACGUACACCGAGCGAAGAACGUAUCUCAGAGGGGAAUCCAUAAACUGGUUGUGUCGUGAUCAUGUGUCGUCAGAAUGGAACCAUAAGACGCUCAGAGAAACGAGAGGUCCAUUCAGCUCGAUUUGACGGGUUAUAAACUGCUUCUUUUCCUCCGAUACAAUGAUCUCUAGCACAAAAUGUCUGAGAUUAUAGACGCGGACACAAUUAAGGAAAACGGCAAGGACUUGGAGAAAACGUUAGACUGGAGCUAUAUAGAAUGGCGUGAGGAUGAGUCAGCUAAAGGGACGAAUGCAGAGACGCAGACAGAGCCGGAGACGUUUGAGGAUAAACAAACGCAGACCAGUCACCCUUUCAUCAUGCGCCUAGACCUGGACCGAACGCACUCCAGACUGCGAUAUGGCUCCUUGAAGGAGUUCGACAACAUGCCCACCCCACUCUUUCAGUUUGACAGACAGGCUCCCGGCAGGAUUUCCACGUCCCCCACGCUACGAAGGAUGCGGAGCACCAGACGGAUGGACGGCCCACACGAGGAGUCUGGUUCGUCUGAGACGUCACCAUGGAGCCCUCUGUCCCCCUUAAGCCGACUGAAGUCUCCCCUCGCGGCCAGCGUGUCGCUUCCGAUGGAGGGCCAGGUCCAGAGAGUCUCUCACCCGGAGUCUUCUGCGAUCCGUGGGAAAGCGAGAUCGCUUAGAUCAAAGACUCUUGACAAUGGUGUCAUUUGCAAAAGGCAAGAGGCUCCGCGCAGAGAGCUUGUCAGCAGUAGCAGCUUUGAUUGCACCAGUGACGCUGAUCAGGUAAAGGACCUGCCUCACAAAAGGCUCCAGGAGCGCCGCCGCAGCUCGGUGGUGGUGAGCCUGCCGGGGCUGGACGUAUCACCGGGGGACCUCUUUGUGUCCAAUGGCGCCGCCGACAUUCUAAACCGCUCCACGUUCUCAGACACGAAGAAAUCAAAGUGGCCGUUCUCCAGACGCAGUACGACCAAGGGAAAGGUGCGGAUGGCCACGGCCACAGACGUGGAGAAGUGCCUCUCGGACGCUCACGUGCCGGACUGGAGGGACUCGGACUUCCAGAGGUACAAGGACUGCCCCCUGGAGGAUUUUCUGCGGGAACACUCGCCCCCGCUCCACGCUCAGGAGGAGCCCAAAGCCUACAAGAGGCAGGAGGCUAUCUGGGAGCUCUUCACCAGCGAGUGCGUCUACUUCCUGGACCAGCUCAUGGUCCUGAAGGAGGUAUUCCUGACCACCCUCAGCGAUCUGCAGUUGCGAGAUUGCCUGCAAGAUAUCGACUGCUGGAGGCUCUUUGCCAAUCUCAACGAGCUUUGCCUGGUGAGCUUUGACUUCCUGACCAGCCUGUUGCGUGUGAUCAAGGAAUCUUGGCAGGACGCAGACUCGGACAACACACAGGCCCUGCUGGCUCUUCUCAAAAAGGCUUUUGGGGAGAGCAUUUGCCACUGUCUGCAGAAGUACUGCCUGAACUACUCGGCCGCCAUCCUUUAUCUGGACGGCCUGAAGCCCCGGGAGGACUUUGGCUCCUACGUGAAGUGGUGUGAGAGGCAUCAGCAGUGCCGGCGGCUGCAGCUGCGUGACCUGCUGGUGGUUCCGCUGCAGAGGUUCACACGGUACCCGCUGCUCCUGAAGAACGUGAGCAAGAGAACCCAGAGCCCGGAGGAGGAGAGCGCCCUGCAGAGGGUGGUGGAGCAGGUGGACAGAGCCAUCUAUGACCUGGAGGGGAAGGUGAAAUGGCUGGACAACUACCAGAAGGUCAAGCAGCUGAAGGAGGCUCUGGUCUGGCUGCCGGUGUGGGAGAGGGACAAGCGAGCUUACGUACCCGAGAACCUGAAGCACCUGCUGAAGGCCGUGACUCUGGAGAACCUCAUCUCUCACCGCAGCCUACUGCACGAGGGGAAGCUGGUCCUGAUUGAAAAUGCCAAACUCCACGAGGUCUUCCUGUUCCUCUUCGAUGAGUUCCUGCUGAUCACCAAGCUGAAGCGGACUAAAAAGAGGUCCGGCGGCGCCGAUCAGAUCCAGUUGCGUCCGGGCCCGGGUCAGGAGCUGGAGCAGUUGCUGCUGGACGGCUGCAGCUUCACCGUCCUGGACCAGCCCAUCUCGCUCGACCGCCUGCAGCUCAAGAAUGUUGACCAGCUCAACGCUACAGCCUCAGGCCUGCCCAAUUCCUUCAUCCUCAUGCACCAGAACCGCUACCAGCAGUGCAUCGGUGUCUUCAUCCUGCAGGCUUACUCAGAAGCCGUCAAGAAAUCAUGGAUGACCGAGAUCGAGAGUGCCAUUUCGUCGCUUUUGAAGCAGGACUCGCGGCAUCCCCAUCUGAAAAACUCGUCGGCCUGGUUGGAGUCCUCGCAGAUCUGAGCCUCUGCUCUUCGCCGGCCCUGCGGAGAGUCCCCGACGGACCCGACGUAACCCUGGUCCUCAGCAGGCUGUAGCUUCCAGCACCUCCCCGCCCAGAGCCCAUCCUGCUGAGGCUCACCCCUCCUCCAGCCUCCCCUGCCCCAGUAGAACACUCCUCCACCCCCCCACACCCGUCCUCCUCCCUCCCUCCUUCCUCAGUUCAGAAGUGUGUGGAACCGUGAACAGUCACCGCUAUGGCGGACAGCUCUCUUUCUGUGUGUGUGUGUGUGUGUGUGUGCUACAGGUGACGCCCUGUGGGUCAGAUGGACUCAGAUCUCCCCUGCCAACUUCUCCGAGUCACCUUCACCUACUGACACACGCGCAAGCAUCCAUCCAUCCAUCCAGUGGGAAUAGGGCAAUCACAGAGACAAAGUCAAGCACACAAUCUAGAUAUUAAUGUUCUUCCAGUUGAUGUAAAUGACUAGUUUUUUGUAAUUAAAAGUUUCUCAUGAAACUA